GAAAGGGAAGGGGAAAGGGGAAGGGGAGGGAGCGGCGGCGGAAGCGGCCGCUGGCGGGGAUGGAGCUGGGAGGCGGUCGGAGCCGGUAAUUCAAGUGGUUUUCUAGCAUGGACACUGUUGCUAGCCAUAGCUGUCAUCUUCUCCAGCAGCUACAUGAACAGCGCAUCCAGGGGCUUCUCUGUGACUGCAUGCUGGUGGUGAAGGGUGUCUGCUUCAAAGCACACAAAAAUGUGUUAGCUGCUUUCAGUCAAUAUUUCAGGACCCUUUUCCAGAAUUCUUCAGGCCAGAAGAAUGAUGUGUUUCACUUGGACAUCAAAAACGUAGGUGGCAUAGGCCAGAUCCUGGACUUCAUGUACACCUCCCACCUGGAUCUUAGUCAGGACAAUGUGCAAGCUAUGCUGGACAUUGCACAGUGCCUCCAAGUGCAAAAUGUGCUGAACAUUUGCCACACCUUUUUAAAGUCUUCCACAGCUGUGGAGCAGGCAGCCAGCAUGCCGUGUAACAGUGUAUUUUCACUGCAGAACACUUUGGGUACAGAUGCUAGCUGUGCUGGUGAUGGCUAUGGGACAAGCCUAUUGCCUGAGUGCUCAGCUGACAGACAAACUAACAAAGGCUUGGCUGAGCACCACUCACAGGCUGAUAAUCUGCACACUCCGUCAGGUGAUGGACAGAAACCACCACAAGAAUCCUUAGAUGGCAGCUGCACAGAGCUCCCAUUUAAACAACCAAAUUACUACUAUAAACUACGCAACUUUUACAGCAAACAGUUCUACAAACAAAACGCUUGCUCUGAUCACGAGAGAGGAGCAGAACCAUCCUUUUCUUACAGCACAUCCACGGAAAUAAACACAGCGGAGAGUAAUUCUUGCACUGUCAAUCACUCUGAGUGUAUUCUGGAAACCUCUGAGCAUUUACCAUCAAACUUCCUGGUUCAGUCUGCAAGUGAAGCUGCUCCAGACCAAAAUGCAGAGAGCACAGUUAUGCAGCCCACAAGACAGAUGCGCCUGAAAAAGGCAGUACACCUCAAAAAGUUAAAUUUUCUAAGAUCUCAGAAAUCAGCAGAGCAGCCCCCUGAGCCCCAAAGAGAUGACAGUAGAGUAAUAGAAUUAAUUGAACCUGUAAAUGAAAGUACCACAGACACAACAGAUGUUAGAGUUACUGAUGAAAAAGAAGCUGAAGAUUUAGUGAAUUCAGAGAAUUUUGAACAAACUGUUGAAGUGGAAAGAUCUCAAGGUCCUUUGGAACAAGAAGGACAAUCACAGACUCUUCAGUCACAGAAACAAUAUACUUGUGAAUUAUGUGGGAAGGCUUUCAAACAUCCAAGCAAUUUGGAGCUACAUAAAAGGUCUCAUACAGGUGAGAAACCUUUUGAAUGUAACAUUUGUGGGAAACACUUCUCACAGGCAGGUAAUCUCCAGACACAUUUACGUCGACAUUCUGGUGAGAAGCCAUACAUUUGUGAAAUCUGUGGGAAAAGAUUUGCUGCUUCUGGUGAUGUUCAGCGUCAUAUAAUUAUUCAUUCUGGAGAAAAACCUCACCUGUGUGAUAUCUGUGGCAGAGGUUUCAGUAACUUUAGUAAUUUAAAGGAGCACAAAAAGACCCAUACAGCAGAUAAAGUAUUCACCUGUGAUGAAUGUGGGAAGUCAUUUAAUAUGCAACGGAAAUUGGUCAAGCACAGGAUAAGGCACACUGGAGAGAGACCAUACAGCUGUUCAGCUUGUGGGAAGUGUUUUGCGGGCUCUGGUGACCUGCGCAGGCACGUGAGGACUCACACGGGGGAGAAGCCCUACACCUGCGAGACGUGCAGCAAGUGCUUCACGCGCUCGGCCGUGCUGCGGCGCCACAAGAAGAUGCACUGCAGAGCCUCCGAGGAGGGGCACGGCGCCCUCGAGGAAUUUACCCAAGGGAUCGAAACGCCCGACCUUGACAAGUCCCAGAGUUCCGACUCCUUUGGCCCAGAGAUGUCUGUUACGUUAUUACCAGUGGCUGUUAAAUUUCCCAUUCAUCCGGCUGGAAACUCCCCCGAAUUCGAGAGUUCCGCGGACUCUUACUGCAAGCUGCGAUCCAUGAUCCAGCAGCACGACUCGGCAAACCCCGAGAAACUCGGCGUGGAUCCUGCUAAGCUGCUGAAAGGCCAGGCACAGCAGGCUCCAGCAGCACCCCCAGCGUAUGCUUUCCCAGCCGUGGACGUGGCCGCAGCAGAGGAGCCCCUGCAGGCCGAUGGCAUUGCCAUGAUCCGCUCCUCCGGGCCCGGCCUGGACGGGCACUGCGCCGAGCCGCUGGGCAGCCGGGCCUCCUCUGCCACUUACAAGAGUAGCGAGGGCCCCUUCUUCUCCAGCAUGACCCUCUGGGGCUUGGCCAUGAAGACCCUGCAAAACGAAAGCGAAUUGGAACAAUGAGGGCUCAGCUGACUCUACCAAAACUUCUUAGAGGCAUUUCAUGCAAACCUGGUUGCAAUUGCACUGCAGCACAGAGAGAUCACAGAGUUUUAGGCCGGGUAGCUUGGACACUGACAGGAAUCAGAGUGCUCAUUCCCAGAACCACAUGUAGGCUGCCUUUAUUUACACUGCUUCUCAGCAAAGUUUAAAUGCACUGUUGGGGAUCUUUGUUGUUCCGUGACUGCACUGUGUAGCUCCUGUGUUAUUGCCAAGAUUUACUAAAAUUUGCUGCCGACUAAAUUUACCAUUUAACUUGGAAUUUUUUUACCUGAUAAUGGAGGAAAGGAUGGCCAGUGUCUAAGUUCCUGGUAUGGCUACAGCUCCAAGCAUGGGUCAUCAGAGCUGUGUAACGGUGUAGAUAUGACAGGAGGAAAAUGCUUUACCAAUCCCUAGUGAACCUGAGUUUAAGUAGUGGCUUUCUUACCAGUAGGGUCAUCGGGUUACAGGACCUGAGUUUUGUGACAUUGAAUUUAAAUGUUAAAUACUGGGCAAUAUUUGUGAUAGUGCGAAGUAACUGUAUAUCUAGAAACUUUAUUUUUUUACAAUAAAAGCUUUUUUUUUAGUAUUUUAUAAACUAUUUUGCACAGCAGAUUAUUUGUAAAAUGAAGGCCAAGAUCAAGUUGUGAAUAAAGAGAAAUUGUUUUACAGUCCUUAAUGUAUUUAGUCUUUCUAUGAAGGAUUUUCAGUAACACUUCCAUCUAUUCCAGGUACCUUUACAAUGCUAAAGGGGAUGCCAUCACAAGAAGAGUUACACUAAAAUAAAUGCAAUCAGUACACCAGUAAGUUCUCUUGUACUUGAAUGACUAUAAGACAUUGGCUGAUUAAUGGAAUAAAUAGACUGUUACAGGAUAGAAACCUUUUUUAGAGAGGCCUUUUUCUCCUUUGGUGCUUUGAAUGGUUGCUGCAUUUCAAACUGCUUGCUACAGAUACGUGACAUUCUGUGGAAAUUUAAAGUUUGGAAAAUACAGUAUUCUUCCAUCUUUUUAAGAUGUUUU